AGCGCGCAAUCUGUCUUUACGCGAGUCCCGGAUAUGACGCAGGACGCGCCGUAUUUAAACUUGUUUUCAUUAUCACGGAAGUGAAACAGAACCGUUUCCACAGACUGAUGCUGAUAUAUUUCUACUACAAUUAAGCACGCAUUCUUGUCACAUCAGUCCAGACAUGGCGGCGAAGGGGGCCAAGGAGACUAUCGCAAAUAAACUGGGCUUUAAAAGCAGCAGCUCAAAAUCAGUGGAGAUGGAGAUCGAGAGACUGAAGAGAGAGAACCAGCAGCUGAAGAAGAGUCUGGAGGACACGAAGAGACAUCAAAACACACAACCAGACUCAGACAAAGCCAAGCUCCUGGAGAGGAUCGUGUCUCUGGAGACGCUGAGGGAGAGGAGCUCGCAGCAGCUGCUGGAGAAGGAGAAGGAGAUCUCAGGUCUCAGACAGCAGUUGCGAGCUGAUCACGGAGACGUGGUGUCUUCACUGCACAGCCAGCUGCAGCAGAAACAACAUGAGGCUGAACAAAGAGAGAGACAGCUCCAGGAUCUCUCAAAGGAGACCCAAGACCUGAAAAACAAGUACUGUGCCGUUUCUGAGAGAUGUGACAUGCUUGAGAAACAAAAGGUGCCGUCUGGUGAGCUUGCGGUGCUUCAGGAGCAGCUGCGAGACGCCCUGGAGAAGAACCAUAACUGGCUUGUGUAUGACCAGCAGCGAGAGGCCUACGUUCAGGGCGUUUUGGCCAGGACCAAAGAGUUAGAGACGCAGUUAAAUGAAGCAAAUCAAGCACUCCAGCAACAGCACAAAGAAGCCAAUUCAGAUGGUCUGUCCGGGCAGGUGGCUCAGCAUGAACUUGAGGCCGAACGCGCCCGAGUCACCCAGAUCCAGACAGAACUGGAGGAUCUGAGAGGAAGGUAUGAGGAGAGGAGCAGGGAAGCGGUUCAGGCGCGGGAGGAGAGGAAGCGCGAGCAGGAGGCUCUGCAGGAGGAGAGGAAGUGUUCAUCAGAGCGAAGCGCUCGACUGCAGAGAGAGCUGGAGGAGGAGAGGAGGAGGGUGGCCGAACUACUCAUGCAGGUGAAUCUACUGCAGAAAUCCCUGAUGACUCAGCAGGAGGAGCAGAAAAGAAUGGCUAUUUUGGAACAACAGAUCCAGUUGUCGGCCAGAGAAUCUGAAAAUGAAAAACUGGACCGUCAGACUCUACAGCACCAGCUGCAUAAAGUUCUGAAAGAGCUUCGUAAAGCCAGAGACCAGAUUACACGCCUGGAGUCUGCCAAACAGCAGAGAGAGUCUCGUUUCUCUGAGCCCAGCUCCUGUAACAGGAUGGAUUUUGAGAGACUGACUAUUCAAGAUCAAACCAAGUCUCCAUCUAAAGUCCAUAACUUACUAGAUGAGAGUUUGCUGGAGUGUCCAAACUGUGGAGCUUCCUACCGCACCAGCCAGCACCGAGAGCUGCUCGCCCACCUCGACUACUGCUUCCGCUGAAACGCACAUCUCAGGAUGUAGGAGGAUUUUAUUAUAGUCACCAUUGCAAAGAAUUGUUUCAGUAUUUUAUAUCCACAAGGAUUUUAUGACUGUUUUUAAGAAUAGUGUCAAAUUUGAUUUUUAUUUUUUAAAAGGAAUAUUCUUUUGAAUUUUUUUUACAAAAGUAUCAGUUUACGUGGGGUUAAUUUAAAAAUAUUUUAAUUUAUGGACUCAGAUGUACAUGUUAUUUUCUUAGUUCUCUUUUGGUGAUAAGGUUGAUCUUUUAUAUGCAGUUUUCUUUUUUUUUUAUACGUGCAAUUUAAAAAAAAACUAUAUUUAGCAUAUAACUUUUUUUUUUUUUCAAUCAGUGUUGUAAAAUUAUUUACAGAGUCUUUCACUGAACUGUGCACUCCACGUAUAUAUGAAUAAAGGACAAAGACUGUG